GUGGCCUGUGUGUGUGCGCGAGGAGCACCGGGCGUCGUGGUUUCGGUUGGCUGGGAGGAAGAGGAAUAACGAAUGUGGAGCCAAGAAGAAAUCCUCGUUGGCGAACUGCGCUGGGGCGAGAAGCGACAAUAUCCACAGGAUUUCAGAAACGUUUUUACGGACUACCCAUGUCUCCUUAGGGAAAUUAAGGGAAGUUUUCCCCUCGCGCGUUCCCGGCUCGGAUAAGGUUUCUCAAGGGCUUUUUGACUGCAUUGCAUUAUAAGAAGUUCCAUCAACACGUGAAUCAAAAAGCUGUUUACCCCAACAUGAGAAUAUCACUCCGUCUUCUGGCAGCUUGGUGACGCCCACCAAAGGAACUGACUGGCCCUUAACUCAUGGCUUCCUUAAUACUGGGACUUUCUCUGGUCUGUAAUUUAAGUGGCCUUUGAGCUUCCAGAUCAGUCCAGAAGGAUUAGGAAAGUUGAGUCCUUUCCUACCAAAGAAAUGAAUGAGGAAGGAGGAAGCAACAGCAGUGUGGAGCUUAUCCAUCUCUCCUUCUUACUGAACACCAGCAGUCUCGAUCCAGGAUGUUCUCUCCCCUACGACCCCUGCCAUUCUUUUUGGCCCUGAGACUACAGUGGGCUCCAUGAACAUGUACAGAGACACAGGGGUGUGUGCCACCCCUCUCUCGCAACCUCUUCCUCCACCCCACCUCCGUCUACCCCUUCAUAAUGGCCACUCCUCUGUGGGCGAUCCUGCCCCGUCCCGUGUCUCUGUGCCCAAAAUGGGGGUUCGAGCUCGGAUUGCCGAGUGGCCUCCUCGAAGGGCACUUUCACGAGAAUCGCUGCUUGAGAAUGGCCAGGGUAGUCAACCGGAUGACCUCAACAGUGAGGAUGGGCUUACACAUGGAGGUGUGACCAGGUUACCACAGCGAGGUACCAGAGACGGUGACAUCCUUGAAUCAGGUCUAGCGAUGGCUCCAGGCACACCCCCGAGGUUUCGGACGUCUGGAUUCGCUCCACUCCGACAGCGAUCCACCAGCGAGAUUACAUUGAGUGAACAAGAUGAAACAGAGGUUGAAGGUUGUUUGUUUCGGGAAUAUGGCAGUACCUCUUCCAUCAAUGUACAGGCAGUGUCUGAUCAAAGCUUCUUUGACAUGCUCAGCCAGUUUCAACAGGAGCGACCAGACCAGCGUAGCACAGCCCCUGUCAAGCUUGGAGAGCUGCUUGGUGCUUUAGAGGGACCCACUUCACACACCUUCUUGUCAACUCCACGGCCCGAUGACCGCCCGGAGAAUCGUGUACGCAAAAAGAGUGGUGGCACAGAGUCAUCUCUUGGUACCUCCUCUUUAUUCCGCAAACUCCGCAGCUCCAGUCGGGGAGAAACAGAGACUCCACGAGGCGACUCUGAUGACAUACGACCCCCUGUGACAUUGUCUUCCAAAGCCUGGGUAUGUGUGCGUAGUUUUGCCCACUUUGACGCUCAGAGCGUUCUGUUUGACUUGCACGAGGCGGCAGCUCGUCGCAGCUACGCCGCCCAACGGCGAAACACAGCCACUGGAGCUUCAGCUGCUUCUUCGGCUGCUGUUUCUUUGGCAGUUUCCAGAGCUAUUGCUUUGGGGGGAGUGGAGCCCAGCUUCUCCAGCACUGAUGACCUUAGUGUCAGGGACCUAUCUGAAGGAUCAACCCCAGCACUGGAACAUUCAGAGCAGGGUAGUUCGGCUGGCAUUAAUGCCAACUCUCAGCAGCAGCUGUUGUUGAGCUGCCCGAACUUCAUCAACGAGACCGGAAGCUACACGGAACGGAAUGUCAGCUUCCUGAGCUCAUCGGCAGAGCGGGCAGAGGCUGGUAUCGUGGAGGCCCGACUUCGUCCACGCUGCAGUAAUGCCAGUGUGUCCAAACUGGAGGUGCCGCAAGAGCUUCACGCCACCAGGUUAGAGAGACUGCAGCAACAUUGCAUCGAACACGUUGACCUGGGUGCCAGAUACUACCAUGAGCACUUCUAUGAGAAAGAGCACUGGAACUACUUUGGUACCGAUGAGAAGCUGGGGCCUGUGGCUCUGAGCAUUCGAAGAGAGAAGCUGGAUGAUACCAAAGAUUUAAAGGACCAGUACCAGUACCGCAUCAUCUUUCGCACCAAUGAGCUGGUCACGUUAAGAGGAGCGAUCUUGGAGGAUGCGAUUCUGUCCACAGCAAAGCACGGAACGGUUCGUGGUUUGCCUUUAAAGGAGGUUCUGGAGUAUGUGCUGCCAGAACUCAGCGUGUCCUGUCUGCGAUUGGCUCUCAGCACACCAAAGGUCACAGAGCAGCUUCUUAAACUGGACGAGCAGGGGCUUAGUCAGAAACACAAAGUGGGCAUCCUGCUGUGUCGAGCGGGACAGAGCACGGAGGAGGAGAUGUACAACAAUGAAGAGGCUACGCCAGCCUUCACCGCCUUCCUGGAGCUGCUGGGAGAAACUGUGUGUUUGAGGGGUUUCAACAAAUAUGCUGCCCAGCUGGACACCAAAACGGACUCAACUGGAACACACUCCCUGUAUACAACCUAUCAGGACUAUGAGAUCAUGUUUCACGUGUCCACCAUGCUUCCAUACAUGCCCAACAAUCCUCAACAGCUCCUAAGAAAGAGGCACAUAGGAAAUGAUAUAGUCACGAUUAUAUUCCAGGAGCCAGGAGCCCAACCGUUCACGCCACAGAAUAUUCGCUCUCACUUCCAGCACGUCUUCGUCAUUGUCCGUGUGCACAACCCUUGCUCUGACAACACCUGCUACAGUGUGGCAGUGACCCGCAUGAAGGACGUCCCUCCGUUUGGUCCAGCACUACCUUCAAAUGGCGUGACGUUCCGGGACCCAGCUACCUUCCGCGCUUUCCUGCUGGCUAAAAUCAUCAACGCAGAGAACGCUGCACACAAAUCAGAGAAGUUCCAUGCUAUGGCCACACGCACGCGUCAAGGAUACCUGCGGGACCUGGCGGAGAACUGCGUUUCCACUACGCCACUCGACACUGCUGGCAAGCUGAACAAUCUCAUCUCACUGGCCUCCAAACGCAAGGAACGCAUCCGGCCACGUGAGGGAGCAGAAAUGGGUGCCUUAGGGGCGCUGAUUUGGCGUGUACUUGCGCAGGACUUUAGUGGCGGAGUAGCCGAGCUUCCCUGUGCUCUCGCCAUCUCCAACGAGUACAUUGUCCUGGCGGACUGCUCCACCAAAGAGGUGGUGUUUAACUGUUUCUGUGCUGAUGUGAUUGGUUGGACGGCAGAGAGACUUGCACUGAAGAUUUUCUAUGGCAGAGGAGACCAUGUUGCCUUACGGGUACCAGAGGGCAGUGCGCAAGACAUCAGAGAGGUUGUGCAGAGACUAAAGGCAUUGACUAUAGGUUGUGAGACGGUUGAUAUGACGUUACGGCGUAAUGGUUUAGGCCAACUUGGUUUCCAUGUACGUUUGGACGGAACUGUGUCCGAAGUGGAGGAAUACGGCUUCGCUUGGCAGGCGGGACUCCGGCAGGGUAGCCGUUUGGUGGAAAUCUGCAAAGUUGCCGCAGUGACGCUCUCCCACGAGCAGAUGAUCGACCUACUGCGGACUUCAGUCACCGUGAAAGUGGUCAUUAUUCCACCUUUCGAAGAGGGAGGGGCCCGCAGGGGCUGUACGGAGGAGUACGAGAUGAAGAUGAUGGAGCAGAAGGGAGAAGCGGAGCCAGUGGCUGCAGGGUAUCGUAGUGGGCAGCGAACCCCAGUAUGGCGCUGGGACAGCCCACCUGGUACACACAGCUCUGUUCAGCGCUGGACCCCCAGCGGAGCCCCACCAGUCCCCAGCCGAACACCCAAAGCCCUGGUCCCCAUUCCAUUUAGAGAGCCCCAACACAUCUCUGCUAAAAGGCCUGUCUCUUCCCACAGGCCUGUCAGUUACCCAGAGAACCAUUACAGUGUGUCUCCUCUUACCGGGGACAGAGUGAUGUCGUACAGAAACCCUUCGGCUAGUUUCUCCAGUCCGGGCUCUGGGUUCAUCUCCAGCGCGCUGGGGGUGCCAGGACUCAGCGGACCCUUUGUCCACUAUAAACCCACUCGGGACGGGUUUGGGUCAGUCCAGCGGCCUCUCCAGCCAUUUGAUCCACACAUUACAGUCGAUGUCUCGAGUGGAGAAUCAUCAUCUGGUUUCACUAGCCAAGAAAGCACGAUGGAGCGCAACAAGUCAGAACCUAUGUGGCAUGUUCCUGCUUCAUCACGUGGUGUGUCAGUGGGCUCAGCUCCGAGAAGACAGACUCGACAGGACGUUGCAGGGAAGGACUCUCCAAACCGCCACUCUAAGGGUGAGGCACACUAUUCCAGUCACUCCAGCAGUAACACGCUCUCCAGCAAUGCUUCCAGCAGUCACAGCGACGAGCGCUGGUUUGACAGCGUGGGAGGGGUGGUUUCCGGUGCCCUGAGUGACCCCUCAGACCCCGACCCGGACCAUAUAGGCAAGGGAGGCUCCAGUGACAGUGGCAUCGAUGCAUCUCUCUACACGCCAAGUCCCAACAAUAAAGGAGCCAAACCUAGCCGCAGCCUUGCAGGCACCCCCCAUAAACCUUUGCAUGGUUCUGCUACCUACAGCGGCUUGCAGGAACUGUCCGGAGCGGGAGGAGAGGGUCGUCGCAGGGAGUCUUCACCCAUCAUUGCAUCUGCAAAUCAAAGCAAGAACUAUCGCACCCGCACAUUCCCCCCUCCUGGAUCAGGCAACGUCGACAACUUCAAACCAAGGACCUGCUAUACCCCUCAAGGCUACAAGACCCCUGCUGUGGCCGAUAAACCCCGGCCUAUCAGAUCUUCAACAGUCACACCCACGUCAGGCUCCGCCCAGCUUUCAAACUCCACCCCCAAGUCCUUUAGUAAAACCAAGAGUACAUGGCAACAGGAGGAGAACAGCACAGCAACCAGCACCACCUCCACUGACAGCAACAGCAACAAGCAGGUGGAUAUGAACAGUAAGAACGUGUUCGGACAGCCCCGGUUACGUGCCUCUCUGAGGGACCUGCGCUCACCACGCAGAUCUCACAAGAGCACUAUUGAGGACGACUUGAAAAAGCUCAUCAUCAUGGACAACCCUACAGAGACACCAACACGGGAUGGGUCUCCUCACCGGACCCUGCAACGUACUUUCUCUGAUGAGAGUCUGUGCAGUGGACGGAGAGAUUCUAGUUAUGCAAGCACGCCUCUUUUUGAAGGACAAGUGCCACCCAGUGACCUUCUCUUCACCUGCACGCUGCCUACUCGACGCCACGGACACAACACCAAUCAUGGAGCCCUCGUGCCUAGUAAGAAAGUACCAUUGUCUGCAUCAGAGUUAUCUCUGACUGAGGUGAGGGAUAAGGUUCCACCUCUCAGAAGACUGGACCCUGGACUCAUGCCCCUUCCUGACACUGCCUGUGGUCUAGAGUGGUCCAGCCUCGUCAAUGCGGCCAAAGCAUAUGAAGUGCAAAGAGCUGUUUCUUUAUUUUCAUUGUCUGAGUCCCACGCGGGUGGCAAUGAGUUGAGACCCGUCAUCAGCCCGGUGCAUUUCCACACGCCACAGACUCCCCGCACCACUCCUACUUUCAGCAGUGAAGAAGUUCCCAAUGAUCUGUCUGGGCGUCUAAAUCAUCUGGAAGUCAUGCUGAAACAGCUGAACAAUGAUCUGGAAAAAGAGAAACAGGACAAGGCAACGUUGUUAGCAGAGAUGGCUAAUCUGAGGCAGAACAACCAGCGCCUGCAGGAGGAAUCACACUCAGCCAGUGAACAGCUCCGCAAGUUCAGCAAACUCUUAUCCUCUACCAUCCCCGAGAGGAAAUAACUGUUCCCUUUCAUUUGAGAGAAGAUGAGAUCUGCCUAACAGCUCAUUUACUUCACAGUCUCUUAUUGUCCAGUACACCCACUGUCCCGCUCGCCCUCAUCUAGAUCCUCACCACACACCAAACUGUGAGCUUUACCAAAGUGUGACUGAGGGAAACCAAAAUCUCCCUGAUGACUUGAGACUUUAAAUCUUCAACUUAAAGCCGGUACAGAAGUACAAGUGUCUAUUUUUAAACAAAUAAACACACGAUUCCUACCUUAACACGAGCGAGCUCCUCAUCUGAUCGUACUACUUUCGGAACUAUUUUCUCAUUGUAGAUGUAUUUUUGUACUCAACGAGUCGACACUAAGCUUGAGCCAGUAAAACGGAGAGACGCUAAACAUCAGAGAGGCCUGUUAACUGCACAGUCAAAUUAACACUUGAGCCACGUGAGCGAUCCUGCCUUGCCCAAAACGUUGAGAGAAGUCACGGUACUGUAAUUGUGAGGAAAAAGGAAUGACUCACAGAUAACAUGUCACUGUAAAAGUAUAAUUCUACAUCGCAUACUCUCAUAUGCAGGUACAUCGUGUUCAUCUCUAUAAUUCAAACCAUCCUCAUCUCAGCUGAUUUAUCAUCCAACAGACUUCCUGUAGUGAACGAAACUCUGCAAUAAAGGCUCUGUAGAUGGAGAACCGCCGCUUUCUGACCAGUGAAACCAACCACUUCUAAAACUGUGAUGUUACACCCCAAGUCUUUGAUCGGUUCCUCCGUGGGUGGACAUCGGUCAGUCUUUAAGUCAUGUGACAGGAAAUGCCACUUGCUCUCUUAAGUAUGGUUUUGGCAUAGCACUGUGUGUAAACUUGGGCUGUUAGAUUUUGACACUGUAUAUAUAUAUAUAUAUAUAUAUAUAUAUCCGUGUGUGUGUGUGUGUGUGUGUGCAAAGCUGACACUAAGAAACCCUUUUCAGCUGUGUUCCAUACAGACUCUAUUUUUCUAUUUGUAUUUAGUUCAGGUUUAUCUGGUGAAAUGACUGUUGGAAAUAGAUAAACAGAUCAUCGUGUUUACAUACUAAGACGAUCCACACUGUACUCGGUUAUGCGCUCUAACUGGAAUAACAGUCAGGCUGGAUCGAAUACGGUUUAUCAUGUACCCCAUGUUACUCUGUACAUGUCUGCCUUAAAGUGGUCAGCUGUGUUAGAAUUCACGACUCAUAUCAGCUCUCUCAAUCCCUUUAACCUGAUGCGACUGGAAAAAAUAUCUCCUCCUCUCUCAGGACCCGUAAGCCGGCCUCUCGAUGACCUGAUCUGUUCAUCUCUGACAUAUUUAUUCCCGUCAAAACAAAAGCACUGCAACAGUCGGUUGACUUUAUACUAUAAGUGAAAAUAUAAUGUGUCUGCUUUGCUCAGACAAACACAGACAACUAUAUACAUGCUUAUGACAAGUGAAUAGGUUUUUGUUUAUUUAUGGGGUGAGAGAUUCAAAUUGGAUUCAUUGCAGCUGUUUAGUAGUGUGACUGUACAGACAGUGAUUUUAUACAAAGCUUUGAACUGCUGAAAUCUUACAUUCUACAUGUUCUCCCAACAAGGGGAAUUCCAACCAAAACAUGAACAUUCUUUCAUUUACUCACCCUCAUGUUGUUCCAAAGUAGUAUGACUAUAUUUCUUCUAUGGAACAUGAAAGAAAUUAUCCUGAAGUACUAAAGAGCUUUGGUUCCCAUUGACUUCCAUUGUGUUCGUUUAAGUUCCACAGAAGAAAGCAAGACAUACAGGUUUUGGAACAACAUGAGAAUGAGUUUUUGGGUGGACUGUACCUUCAAAUAUAGGUCUGUAUACAUGUUGGAAGCUUUUAUUUAUAAAUCAUCACUCUGGACUUCAAAUGAUCCGAAUGAUAAGCUCAUUUGCCCCACUGUUUUAGAUCCAGUUUGUCAGAUUCUCAUCUCAUUGCUGUGACUACAAGAUCUUACUGUGUGUU